ACGAAUUUUUAUCACAUCUUUCAUGUUUCUUAGUACUGCUCUGACUACCUUACCAGAGAGAGAGACACAAAUGGCUUACGCUGCCAUAACUUCGCUUAUGGGAACUCUGCAUCUACAUUUCUUGCAAUCACAACCACGUUUCCCUCUUCCACACAAACAAGAGAUAGUUUCUCUCCAUGAAAAUCUUGGUUUCCUCCAAGAAAUUCUUGAGAAAUCUGAGAUUGCCUAUGAUGAUGCGGGGGCGAUGAAAGAUUUAGAGGCACAGAUCAAAGAUGUAUCAUUCAAAGCCGAAGAAAUGAUUGAGAUGGAGUUGAGUAGCAUAUAUCUUCAAUCAAGCAGUAUAGAGGCUUGCAGCCUCCUCAGGCUUCAUGGAAUCUUCAAUCAAGCACUUAAACAGACUGAUUACCUCAAGACAAAGAUUAUAAGUGAAAAGCAGCUUGCAAAAGGUUCAUCACAAGUUGAAAGAAUUGCUGACGUUUCACUCCUUGCUCGGAUUCGACAAAGAAGACUACACCUUGGUUCAACAUCAUCACAGCCUGAUCUAGAACUGGAGAACAUUAAGAUGAGUAAAUUUUCCAAAAGUACUUCAACUUUUGACAGUAGAAUGGUUGGAUGCGACGAGGAGUUCGAGACGAUAUUGGAUCAGCUCACCCGACAAUCAGUGAAACAUCUACAAGUUGUAUCAAUUGUUGGCAUGGGAGGAAUAGGCAAGACCACUUUAGCUAGGAAAGUCUAUGAAGAUCCAUCAAUUACUUCUCAUUUUUACAUGCGAGUAUGGGCUACUGUGUCUCAAGAGUAUAAUGUGAAGCAAAUGCUUCGAUGCCUUAUUGGUUGUGUUAUUGCAGCAUCAAGAGAUGAACACCCUCAACAGAGCAAUGUACUCAAAGAACAAAGAAAUCCCAAAGAAAAAUUAGCAGAACGUUUGCGUAAACUCUUGAAGGAGCAGAGAUAUUUGAUUGUGAUAGAUGAUAUAUGGAGCACUUCUGCUUGGGAUAGUGUGCAAAGAUGCUUUCCAGAUGAUAAUACUGGAAGUCGUAUACUAAUGACUUCUCGGCUCAGAAAGGUAGCUGAAUAUGCUAGUUCAGGUAACUCUCCCCUUAAGAUGUGUCUCUUAGAUAUGGUUCAAAGUUGGAAUCUCUACUGCAAAGUGUUUGGUAAAACGGAAUUCCCUUUUGGGCUUGAGCAAAUUGGUAGAUACAUAGUGAAGAAAUGUGAAGGAUUACCUCUAGCUAUUAUUGUAGUAGCUAGUCUUCUCUCCAAAAUGGAGAAGGAGGAAAAGUGGAUGAAUGUUGCCAAAAAUGUGAGUAGAUCAGUGAUUGGUGGUUCUAAUGAUGCAUGUUUAAGAAUACUAUCUUUAAGUUACAACCAAUUACCACACCACUUGAAAGCUUGUUUUUUAUAUUUUGGUAUUUUUCCGGAAGACUAUGAGAUCCGUGUGAACAAUUUGGUUAGGUUGUGGGCAGCCGAGGGAUUUUUGGGGGCUGUGAAGCAUCAGAAUCCGGAGGAAGUGGCCAUGGAAUGGUUGCAAGAUCUUGUUGAUAGAAGUCUUGUUAUAGUUAGCAAACAGAGGUACAAUGGGGAAAUGAAGACAAUAAGGAUACAUGAUCUGUUGCGAGACUUUUGCUUGAGAGAAACUCGACGUGAAAAUCUCUUGAAUGUCAUUGAAAAGCUUCCAUUUUACAAGAGGAUAUCACAGAACCUGUUUUCAAAACCUUGUCGUUGGAUAAGUUAUAGACCAGGAUCUUUUUUGUGGUUGGAUAAUCAAAUCAAGUCUAACUGCUUUCACAAAUCCCAUUCCUUACACUCUAGUGCUGUUCACUUUAGAGAUAUGAAACAUCUAUUUUCACACUUCAAACUACUAAGAGUACUAGACAUUGAAAUUGUAUUCGGGGAGGGUCAUGAUAACGCACUAAAUGUGCUUGCAAAUCUUGUUCAUUUGAGAUACUUAGCUUUGUCCACAAGUGAAGAUGCCUUCACUUUUGAUGUAAAGCUCUUUGAGCAUUGGAAUAUGCAGAGUUUUAUUGUUCGUUCUUGUGCUGGUAUAUUGGAUUGCUCUCAGGCAUCUCAAAUUUGAAAAAUGUCACUGUUAAGGAAUUUUUAUGUUCGGGUAUGUUUUUCAUUAGAAACUUCAGAAGUUAUUCAUAGAAAUUUACAGACCAUAUUUUGGUUGGAUCGCAAGUGUUGUACAAAGGAUCUCUUUACAAGGAUUCCGAAUUUAAAAAAUUUGGGGAUUCGGGGUGGAGUGUCUUCUGGAAAUCCGGAUUAUUUUUAUAAUUUAUUGCAGUUGGGGCAGCUUGAGAAACUAAGCAUCAGAGGGUGGCAUCCCAAAGGUAUUCUAUGUAGCGGCAUUCCAUGGGAAACUAGUUUUCUACCAAAUCUUAAGAAGCUCAUCUUCAAAGAGACUGGUCUGCCAUGGUGUGAUAUGAGGUUUAUUGGUAUGUUGCCAAAUCUAGAGGUUCUAAAACUGAUAAAUGCUUGUGAAGGCCCAAAGUGGGAGCCAUCUGAGGGUGGAUUCCGUCGAUUGAAGAUGUUAGUAAUUGAAGAAGUAUUUCUCAAUUGUUGGGAUGCCGCGGGUGACCAUUUCCCUGUACUAGAAUGCUUAGAGUUGCGUAAAUGCUAUUGGUUGCAAGAGAUUCCUAGUGGUUUUGUUGAUAUCACCACACUAGCAUUGAUUCAGUUAAAAAGCUGUGGGGAUUACCUUUUGGCUUCUGCAAAAAGGAUUCAAGAUGAGCAACACAGCUAUGGAAAUCAUGCCCUCCUUGUCAGUUUCGAAAAUAUUGGGUCCCGAACCUAAAAUGUUUUACAAGGAAGGAUGGUAUGAAGCAUGGAUUGUGAUGGCCGAUUUUAGAAAUGCAGAGAAACCACUUGAUCUAAUUGAAGCUCAUGGCUGAUGGACAUUCUUGAAUCUGCACAGGAAGAUGGUUUCUGCUUCUGAGAAGAAGUUGCUAUUGCAAUUUAUCUUACUAUAUAGGAGACAUGAAAAUAGAUAAGUAUGUGUAUGUGUUUUUGGUUUAUUUUCAGUUCAAGUGUUCUAAGUCUUUUAGGAUUGAGAUUUUUUCCUGCUUAUUACUGUAUUGUGUGGCAAGAUGAUACAAGUGUAUAAAUUCCCUCUGUUAUAUAUAUAGCUCUCCCUAUUUGAGUUUCA